AUGGGGAUAACCCCCACACCUCUGGGAGAAGGAAAGAGCACCACGACCGUCGGGCUGGUUCAGGCGCUUGGAGCGCACCUUGGUCGGAACGCCUUCGCCUGUGUCCGUCAGCCGUCCCAGGGACCCACUUUUGGAAUCAAAGGAGGUGCUGCCGGAGGGGGCUAUUCUCAGGUCAUUCCAAUGGAGGAGUUCAAUCUCCAUCUCACUGGUGACAUCCAUGCUAUUACGGCAGCCAACAACCUGGUGGCUGCCGCCAUUGAUGCCCGCAUUUACCACGAAGCAACACAAUCGGAACAGGCUCUUUACUCUCGCUUGGUUCCUUUGAUCGACGGCACCAGGAAGUUUUCUGAAAUCCAGAUCCAGAGAUUGCAGAGACUGCAUAUUAGGAAAACGGACCCAGAUGCUUUGACAGCAGAUGAGAUAAAGAAAUUUGUGAGACUGGAUAUUAAUCCAGAGAGCAUAACGUGGGCAAGAGUGUUGGACACAAAUGACCGGUUUCUGCGGCAGAUCACAAUCGGCCAGUCCCCGACAGAGAAAGGGUAUUCCCGCACAACCCAGUUUGACAUCACAGUAGCCAGUGAAAUCAUGGCUGUUUUAGCCCUCACGGAUAGUCUGGAAGACAUGAGGAGACGGCUGGCCAGAAUAGUGGUGGCUUCCAGUAGGGACGGUAUCCCAGUUACCACAGAAGAUCUG